GCCAGGGGGCCUCACGCACACCACCCCAGAGGGCCCAGGACGGCCCUGGCCAUGGGCCAGCGGUGGCGCGCAUCCGCCGCCUCUCCGCACAGGUGCGGCUGCCUGGCCGGGACCUUCCUGACGGUCGUCGGGCUGCUGGCAUCGCUGGGCGGCGUUGGGCCGCUCGCUGCCGGGGCGGCGGACGGCUGGUGGCCCCCGCGCUGGCCCGACUGGGCCGCGGCCGCCCAGGGCGCGGCGGGCGCGGCCGCGGACGCGUGGGCGGCGGGCGCGCCUGGCCCAACGGCGCAGCCGGGCCCGCCGCGCGACCGCGCCGGCGCGGCGGGCGCUGGGUGGUCCGAGAGCUAUGACUUCCCACGCGGCCGCGCCGACCCCUGGCUGGAGGAGGGCCGGCGCCGCUGGGGCGGGCUGGACAGGCUCGCCGACUGGUACUUGGACGACUACGCGCGGGACCCUGGCGGGGUCGGCGUUGGAGACCAGCUCGACGGGCAGCCGAGGGGCCUGGACCUCUCCCUCGUCGGGGUCGCCGUGGCGGUGCUAGCGAUCUGCGCCUGGCCCAGGGGUCCCACCGACGGCGGCGCCUUCGCCGCUCAGGGCGGCGCGCCCUGCCAGGCGCCAGAGGGCCGUGCCGCCCCCUGGCAGUGGGGCGGCUGCGGCGGCGCCGGCACCGAGCCAGCCCUGGGACAGGGCGGCCCUGCGCCCGGGCUCUUCGGCGCCGCCCUGGGAGCUGCCCAGGCGGCGCCCUGGCACGUCGGGCCCGCGGCUGGCGCCGCCGCCCCCCCGCCGUUCCCCGGCGGCCAGGGCGUCGCACCCCAGGCCGCGCCCUGGCAGUGGGGCGCCCCCAGAGCCGACGCUGCCCCGCCGCUCUUUGGGCUCUCGGGCUGGUCCCAGGCGCCAGGGGCGGCGGGCGCCGUGCCGAUGGACACAUCGGGGAGCGCGCCAGAGCCCGACGCCUAUGCAAGCUUCGGCCCCCAGAUGCGCCGGUGGUCCUCCGCGCUGCUGGUGCAGCUGCACCAGCACGUCCUGUCGCACCUGCUGCAGAGGCUGGACAUGAGCGACCUCGAGUGGCAGCAGGCGCUCGCGGCCCAGGGUUGGAGGCUGAGUGCGGACUCACAGAGCGGCUGCGGCCUCGCGCAGUUCACCCAGGGUCGCGUGCUGAGCGUGUUCAGCCCCAACCUGCCCGCCCCCUUCUGCGCCGACGCCCGCGCGCAGCAGAUGUGGAGGGAGCGACAGGAGCUGGAGUCCUACCUCCGGCCGCCGAUGUUUGACGCCGCGCACCAGCGGCAGCACGUGCUCGAGAGGCUCCGCGAGUGGAACCGGCGGGGCAUCGCGGCGGCCAUGCGGUCCGACGACUGGCGACCGGAGCUGCAGCUUCCGACUGACGCCCACAUACUGGAGGCCCUCGUCAUCAACCUGCUGAACUCCACCACGAGGGAUUUCUCCAACCGGUACCUCAGCCUCGACAGGUCCCGGCCGCCGCCUUGCGCCGUGCACUGCGGCCAGUACCCUCCGGCCUACCUCCGGCAGGUGGCCGACCAAUCCGCGCCCGUUCCGGCUCCGCACUACGAGGUGGUCGUCGGCACGGCGGUCUGGAGGCUGCAGCGCUCGAAGUACAACCUCACGGAGGCCCUGGGCCUCCUCCUGUCUGCGCUCAAGCAGCACCCGCAGCUGCACGCAGAGUUCCCGCAGUUCUUGACGGGCGCCGUGGACGCGGCGGCGUUUCCGUGCCC